ACGAAUCUAAGUAAAACCUUAUGCAGUUGCUGCCAUUUUGCUUUGUAUCAGUAUUCAGUAACAAAGUUGCAAUACCCAAUAAUCAAUAGUAAUUCUUCCUUCAAAGAGGUGCGAACCCUAACCCCUAAUUCCCCAAUUCUCACAGUUCGAAUAACAUGUUCUUCAAAAUCGUGUAAAUUCACAAUCCAAAUCAUCUGCUAUCGCUGCAUUCAUACCACAAGCUGCUUCAAAUCCGUAUCCACGGCCACUGUUUCUCCCUCACACCUCUACCCCCAACGCCGCGAAUCAUUAUCAUUUUUUAUGAAUGGCUGCGUUAUUAUUGAGAAACCGUUACACAUCGUCGGUACACAAUUUGUUCACCAAUGCUCUUCGUCGUUUCUCUUCUGCACAGGUUUCAAACACCAUUCCCGAUGAGGCACGCGAGAGAAUGAUGUAUUCAGACAUAAACUCACAGAUUGGGAGUUGUAUGCCUCUCUCUGCAAUGCGAAUUGGAACAAUCAUUCACAACAUUGAGCUGAACCCAGGGCAAGGUGGAAAGCUUGUUCGAGCGGCCGGAACCAAUGCAAAAAUCCUAAAAGAGCCCACAUCAGCAUACUGUUUAGUCCAACUUCCAUCUGGUGUUAAAAAGUUGAUUGAUUCUCGGUGCAGGGCCACUGUUGGUACUGUCUCUAAUCCAACUCACGGAGAUCGCAAGCUCAGGAAGGCUGGCCAUAGCAGAUGGCUUGGUCGGAGACCCGUUGUUCGGGGUGUGGCUAUGAAUCCUGUUGAUCAUCCUCACGGAGGAGGAGAGGGCAAGAGCAAGAGUAGUGGUGCGUGGGGGAAAGGAUCCCGCACUCCUUGGGGAAAACCGACUAAGGGUGGCUUCAAGACUGGACCUCUUAAGCGCAAAAAGUAGGUAAGUAGGUAUUUACUAGUAGCAUACAACAUUCCUGUAAUACAAAUCUUUCUGAUGCUUCCGUAAUAAUUAUGGAAACUUUGGAACAAUUCUACUUCUACUAAUGGAAUUGAUUAGGUUGGCCAUUUUGUGGAAUCUAUGGAUUCAUAUUUUGUACUUGUUAUUUCUUUAAGUAAAAUGUUUUUAGAAAUAUUUGCAUUUCCCUUUGCGAGCUUGAUUUGCAUAACACACUGUUUAAAACUCGAACAGAAUGUGAGAAACUGGAAAUUAAUCACACCAACCUCUCAUAUGCUCUAUCAAAGUACAUAUAUCUUGAUCAAUAUAUUUAAUAUGGUUUUGAAGGUUAAGAUGAUGAAAAAGCCACCUAAAGAAGGUAUAUAUCCUA